UCUAAUGAAAGACAAUCAAUGUAACCAAUAUUGACUAGAGAAUCACUGACCUUACCCCACUACCAUUGUCCAAACUCUUUUAACUUGUCUAUAUCAGUUUAAGGGUUUAAUAAGGAUUAUUUUUACACCUAAAGAGAAAACAUAUUUGUGAUUUUGAAGCUAGCAAUCUUCAUUAAAGCAUGCAAGAGAUCACAAAUUAGGCUGUUUCUUUAUGCAAAAAAAGGUAUACUUAAUGGAAACAUAGCUGAGUUCUCCAUGAAAGAUACUUAAUCGAUUUUCUUCCUCUUCUGAUCACUGAUAGUGAUAGUGAUAUAUAUAGAAGAGAGAGGGAGAUCCGUUUAAUUAGGAUAUUGGAUUCGAACACCGUAGAAUGUGGGAGGCGAGAAGGUGGUGGUGUUGUGUGGCUCUAGCACUAAUAGCAGCCAAUGUGGGAGGUUCUGUGGAGGGUAGGGCUCAUCGGAUUCUGGUGGAUACAGAUGUUGGCACCGACGAUUUAUUUGCUCUUCUCUAUCUCUUGAAGCUCAACACAUCACAAUUCAAAUUGGAGGUAUUAGCUCCGCCCCACCAGUCCCCGUCAGUCACGCGCAAGUCCCCGUCAGUCACGCGCAAGUCUCCUGAUGGAACUAGGUUGAAGAGGAUUGAUGUUCUUCAACAAUUCCAACGUCCAAGACCUUUGCUCAAUGAGGUUGUACACUUCAAAUCAGCGGAAGCUCCUUGAAGAAAUCUCCAAUGGAGGAGAAGCACCUUUGAGGAGGUUCGGUUACCUCUUAGAGAGGUGAAGAAACUUGAGGAACCAAGCUUCUAGGAGAAGGAAC